UCAGACGUGAUGCUCGUCGUCGCGUUUAGUUAGUGCAAAAAUUUCUGCUUCGAGCUCCAUUUCCUCCCCCAGUUCUCGCGUGAAACCAUUCGCAGUGAUUUCGUACCCCCGCGUGCACGGCUUUUCGGUACGGGAAGUGUAAGAAAUGCUGGAAUUUCGAUGGUCGUUCUCGUUCAACCUUGAGUGAAAAAGUUCGUUCCGCUGAAGAGUGUUUUGUAUUAGAAAGGCAGCAGUGAAGCCCAAGGCCCCUGAGGCCCUCCAAGAAGUGAAAAUCGAAGUUCUGUGUUGUGUGAAGUGCCGAAAAGUGAGUUCCGAAGUUGUGAAGGAAUUUCCGCGACAUCCCUGCCUGACAGCGGAAUAAUGUCGGAUUUGUUAUAGUCGCCCAACCACAGAAGGUGCCAGUUGAAAUUUCGAAGGUCCGGCUGGGCCCCGCGGUUCGUCGCAAAAGUGGAAAAGUGCAAUGUGGCGACGGAGGCAUCGGCAGCGGUCAGGUGAAAUUGCCCCGCGGAACGGGUUUGUCGCGGCUUUUUGCGCAUCGCUGACUCUCUCGCUGUUGGGGAUCAUUGCGGUGAUUGUGCCCCCAGUGGCUCGCGCUGACCGGUCGGCGCUCUUGCCGCCACCCGGGCUGCAGACGCAGAAUCCCAAUCUGCCGUGCGACCGUUCGCGUAAAGUGUUCACGGAAGCGCGCGGGGAAUUCGCCCAUGGCCCAUCCGGCGUAAACUACACGCAGGACUCACACUGCGAGUGGCUGAUUAAGGCCCGCAACGAGAGCCAGUUCAUCACGUUGACCUUCCAUAGCAUGGGCACGGAAUGCUCCUACGACUAUAUUUACGUGUACGACGGCGACUCCUUCAAUUCGACGCUGCUGGGCAGCUUCAGCGGCAAGACCGAGCCGCAACGACUCGUCGCCAGUUCCGGAAGUAUGUUAAUCCUCCUCUACAGUGAUACAAAUUACGUUCUGGAGGGGUUUAGAGCGUCGUAUUAUGUCUCGAAUUGUCUUAAUAAUUGUCAUAAUCAUGGAAAAUGUGUGGGCCAUAAAUGCGUAUGCCAUGGCGAAUGGGUCGGGCCCGAUUGUGAAGACGUUGCUUGUCCGGAUGGCUGUGGUGAGAGGUUCAGGAGAGGUAAAUGCGUGAAGGGCAUGUGCAAGUGCAAUAAAAAUUACUCAGGAAGAUUGUGUGAUUUAUAUAUUGACCCAGAAGGAGGUAAUUGGAGGUGGUUGGCCACAGAUGCGGAGGGAAUGACUGCUCGAACUGCUCAUACGGCAGUUUACAUUGAGGAGCAAGAUUCAUUGUAUGUUUUCGGUGGAUAUGAUUUGAACAAUGUGUUGGAUUCGUUACAGAUUUAUCGUUUUAAAAAUAGCCAAUGGGAGGACGAGUGGGGUAUCUCUUUGUUGAAUCGUCAACGGUAUCAACCUCAAAAAAUUGAUAACACUCUCUUGAAAGCAGUUUUAGCAAAUGAGGAUAAAGAGGAAGCAAGUCGAUGGGGUCUAAAAAGUGAAAUUUCGCUUUUUCGAAACGUAUUAUACACUUUAGCUGAAUCGAACCUACCACGAAAACAACGUUCUACAGCUAAUAUAACAGAAGACGAAAUUGCCGAAAUUUUAGAUGAUAUUCUAGAAAAUGUUACAGACUCUAGACCUGAAGGGAGAUAUGGUCAUGCAGCUGAGAGAAUACCUGGUGGUUUUGUAAUUUUUGGUGGUAAAUUGCCCAACGCCGUUCUUUCAAAUGAGCUUUGGAUGUACAAUAUAACUGGCAUUGGCGGAUCGUGGAUAUUGCGUGCGACCAACUCUAGUUUAAUGCCACCCCCGUUAGCAAGGCACACACUCACCUUGGCCGGUGAAUAUUUAUAUGUUUUUGGAGGCAGCUUAACGAAUGGCGAGUUUUCUUCAAGAAUAUUCCGAAUAAAGCUCACUUCCCCCAACAUGGAACAAUGGGAAGAAGUGCAUCCUCGUGGCGGAAAAACUUUAGAUGUCCGUCUAGUAGCACAUUCAACAGUAUAUUAUAGAUAUACCAAUUCCUUAAUUGUCUACGGAGGAAUUAUGGCCAGCGCUGCCCGUUUCUCCAAAUUAUCCGAUCGAAUAUUCUCCUUCCAAUUGGACUCGAGGCAUUGGACUGAGAUCCUUUAUCCAAGAACCCCAUUAAGGGAUGCCUACAUUCCUAGAGAAAGAGCCUUCCACACAGCCUCAAUCGCUGGAAACUAUAUGAUUGUAUUUGGGGGAUAUACCCAUCGCCACAAUAAAGAGGAGAUCUGUUACGAUAACCAAAUGUAUUUAUAUCACCUUGGCUGUCACACUUGGAUCAAUCAGGACGUACUAGGUCCGGUUCCUGGAUACCAAUAUCCAAAAAGACAAGGAGUUUUUGCUCAUGCGGCAGCUAUAAGAAUGAAUAAUACAUUAUUGAUAACGGGAGGCUAUCAUGGAAAUGUAAACGCAGAUUUGUUUGCGUAUGAACUGCCUAGAAUGUUUAGAAUUACUGAUCCUGAUUUAUACAACCCGGAGCAAAGUUGUCGCUAUCAUACGACCGUAUUAGCUUGCUUAUCGGAUCCUGAGUGCGGUUGGUGUUCGGCUGAUAGUAGUUGCUAUGGCAGAACUAUUGGAGCUAAUUGUACAACAAAUUUACAAACGACACGAUGUCCUGGAAUUUGUCCUUCGCUUGGGGACUGUCACAGCUGUUUAGUCCACGGAACCACAUACUCAACAUAUUCCAAAAUGCAUUCCAUUUCUAGUAAGCUCGGAUUAAAUCAAUGCACUUGGUGUGUUCAAAAUGCUAGAUGUCAUCAUAAAGACGACAAUUACGGCGUCUGUGGCGAAGACACGCCUUCCCAAAUACCAGGUUGGUGGGGUGAGAAAGGAACUGAAAUUCGUACGCCUCAUCAAUGUACUGAACUAGAUCGCAGGCCUGGUUUGACGUACAUAGAGUAUCAUCACCCAAUUAAUUGGACUAUGCCGGACGUAGUAUCGCUUGUUAAUGCAACGAUGGUUGACUUUAUAUCGCCUCAAGCAACUACUCACACAGAACACGCACUCAACGGAGAAAUGAUGGCCCGAUUGGUUGGAUUUGUUAGGCCGACAAAAAGCUUGGAAACUGUGGAUGAAAAACUUCGUGUUUGUUCGAGUUACUCAGAUGCGAUAUUUCGAACAGGAUUGGACCAAUCUUUGGAUGCUACUAAGGUCGUUUUGAAUGCCACAACCGAGCAAGCGGCCUAUUAUUUCGUAGAGUGGCCAAGUUUGACGGACAGAUUUCUGGUUGAUUUUCAGGCAAAGCGGAAGGUGGGUUCCGGAUUACAUCAUCAAUAUGAACAUAGCAAAAUGGAACUCCGACACUCGUACCAUGGAAAUUGGAAAGCAUUCACGUUUGAGUAUUUAGAACCCUAUUCCAACGGAGCCUGUUCUCAAUACACAAACUGUUUGGAAUGCCUCAGUGAUUCGCUAUGUGGGUGGUGUGAUCUGAAUAAUCGGUGUCUUCCUCGCACUAUUAACGAAACCAAUGAAUGCUCAGAUGAAAUCGGAUGGAAAUAUAUUACAAUUCAACCCUCUCAGUGUGGAAAUUGCUCGAAUUAUGUUUCCUGUGAAGAUUGCUUAGGUACAGGGAUGUGUGAAUGGUGGGCGGAGGAUGCCCGGUGUGCACGAAUUGGAAGAACCCCGACUGGAGUUCGCUCGUUGGAUAAGUGUCCGACCCCAUGCAUGGACCGGAAAAGCUGCUCGGAUUGCCUCAACGAAAAAGGAAGAUGUGUUUGGUGCGAAGCAACGUCACAAUGUUUUAAUUUUGCAGUUUAUACAAGUGAAUAUCAGUUCGGAAUGUGCAGAGAAUGGCUAGAUCAAAGUGUUCCACUGACUCAUCCUCACACGAACGACAUUUCUCUCCUACAUACGCCGAAAGUUCAGCAGUGCAAAUCCUGUUCAAAUCAUCGCAACUGCUCAUCAUGUUUGCGGACGUUGAGUUGUGGGUGGUGUUUCGAUCGGGACAAUCCUAUCGAUGGAAUUUGUAUGCAAGGUGAUUUUAGUCGGUCGGUUUAUGACUGUGCAGCAUCUUUGAAUACAACGGCUGAAGAGGCAGAAUGGGCAUAUGCCCAGUGUCCUGAUGUGGACGAAUGCGGACUAGGAUUGCACAAUUGUCAUAAGGAAGCUAAAUGUACUAACACCCACGGAUCAUAUAAUUGUCACUGUCGUAAAGGAUACAUUGGGGAUGGUUUUGUUUCGUGUAUAAAAACCUGCAAUGAAACAUGUAUCCAUGGAAAUUGUUCUGGCUCUCCAGAAUAUGUUUGUAAAUGUGACUUAGGUUGGACCGGAGCAGAUUGUUCGAUCAACUGUGGUUGCAACAAUCAUUCCACGUGUGAAAAGCAAGUUGGCAUAUGUGAUGAAUGCCAAAAUUGGACGGAAGGUGCAACGUGCGAUCGUUGUCGACCUGGCAGCUAUGGAAAUGCAACUUCUGGCGAGGGAUGCCAUCCGUGUCAGUGUAACGGUCAUGGCGACCAUAGUCUAGGAAUAUGUGACCUUCAAACUGGCGAUUGUUUCUGCAAAGACAACACAGGCGGUGUUAAUUGUGACACGUGCAAUCCUGAAUAUUACGGAGACCCGAAAGAUGGCGGCAAAUGUUAUUUCCAAUGUGAAUCUCGUGGUAUACUAACUCAAGUUAGUGAACAAGGAAUCGGUUCGUACAAAUCAUAUAAAAAUCCCUGGGGUGGCCCAGAGGUUCGUGAAUGCUUGUGGCUUAUUACUCCUCAUUCGAAAAAUGGCUCAGCCUUGCAAGAUUCUCUUAUACAAAUCGAUAUUAAGAAGAAUGAUAUUAAUGUGAUAUGUGGCGAAAAUGCUCUUUACAUUUAUGAUAGCCUCCCCGAUUUAACGGGAAACACUCAACAAACUCAAUUAUUAGCUGUAGUAUGUAGUCCAGAAUCUCUACCACAAACAAUUCAGGCUAGAACUGGUCACUUGACAGUCCACUAUAAGCAAAUGGUCGAAGGUUAUGGAUAUGGCUUCAACGCGCUUUAUCAUGUGAAAAGUUGUAGCUCGGGCACUUGUGUAGCACCGCAUAUUUGCGAUGAAAAAGAUCAUUGUAUUUGUCCACCAGGAUUUGUUGGAGCAAAAUGUGAAAUUGAAAUUUGUCCUAAAAAUUGUUCGGCGUUGGAUCAUCGUGGUUACUGUGAUAAGUCCUAUGGACGUUGUGUAUGCAAUGAUGGAUAUGGCGGGAACGAUUGUUCGAUCAAGGUCAAACCUCAUCAACUUGAAAUACGAGAUUUAUUCAAUACUCGCCUGCUUAGCCCGUCAUCAGAACACUUCCGGAAAACAAUUCCCCGCUUUGGUCAUUCACUGCACACAGACAAAAGAGGGUCACUCUGGAUGUUUGGGGGAUACUCGUUAUCGAAUGGACCGUUGAAUGAUAUUCGUCAGUUCGAUACAAAAAAUGGAACGUGGAUGCAAGUAACAGUUGACUCAACAGCAGAAGCGAAAAUGCCAAGAGGGCGAUAUUUCCACGCGGCUGAUAUAUCAUUCAGCAGGCAAACAAUUUACAUAUAUGGAGGGCUCACUAGUAGUGGAAAAGGGCAGGCGAAUAUGAUCUUGGGUGAUUUCUGGGAAUUUUCAAUACAAAAUCAACGUUGGGAUGAUAUAGAGAUUGAUGAAUCCAAGCCACACCCUCCACCUUUAACUGGUCACACACUUACGCUUAUCAAGCGCGACGAUAACGAAAUUCUGCUUCUAAUUGGUGGAGUAGACGUCGACAAUCGACGGAAGUUGCAUCUUUGGGAAUUCGAUUUGGAAAACAAACAGUGGUCAAAACCGCCCGUGCAUUCGAUUUCUGCGUCGAGCUUAUAUGGUCACAGUGCAGUUUACCAUGCCCAGUCACAAAUAAUUUACAUAUUUGGAGGUAUAUCCGAUUAUCCGCAGAAUAAGCUCUAUGCCUUGAAUAUAGAGAAGAUGAUAUGGACGGAGCUUCCAAUUUUUACUGAUCUAAACAGGCCUGAGGAAUUACUUCCCCGAAAUAGAUUUUUCCAUUCGGCGGUCACUACCGACAAUUAUAUGAUCAUCUAUGGCGGACGUAGCGUUCCUUAUAAUGCCUCCGAUAUCUUAAUAGCUUAUGUUUACGAAUGCAAUCAAUGGAUUCGUCUAACUGAAGACGUGAGCACAGUUGGCAGCCUCCCAACAAUAUCGUAUGCCGAAGCAAUGACAAUUGAUCACGACACCAAAUUAAUUUAUGUGGUCGGAGGUUGGGAUGGAAGCUCUCAAAGUCAAGUAAUUCAAAUAUCGCUUCCGGAAGAUCUGUGCCAAUUUUGGAGUAGCGGGAAGUACUCAUGUAGGCAUUAUAUGGGAUGCAGUUUUUGCGCAGUAAAAUCAAUAGAAGAAUCUACGUCGCGGUGCUACACUAGUGGUCGAUCUGAAGUCUGCGACUCAUUGAAUGGGACAUUAAUAUUUAAUAAUGGAAUACAAUGUGAUGAUGCUUGGAUAGCGCAAAGAAAUUGUUCUUUAUUCAAUUCAUGCACAUCAUGUCUCUCAUUUUGGCCAACGCAUGUCGAAGAGAAACCAGCAUGUAAAUGGUGUGCAAACUGUGAAAGUAGAGGUGAAUGUAUAUCUGCCAAAGUUGAUUGUCCAGCUCACGAGGAGAAACAAUGUGACAAAGAAAUGGUAGUGCCAUCGUUGUCGCAAUGCCCAUUACCAUCUUGUGAACAACUACCCUGCGAAGAGUGUAUACAGAAUAGCAAUUGCGUUUGGACGAAAUCCACCUCUUCCCCGUUAUCCCCGCAGCAUUAUGUAACGAUGUGUAUGAGCAAGGAGUUGGUUGAUCCAAAUGAAGUGACCGUUAUGAACGUCUGCCCAGAGGCUUGCCACACUUUUCAGAAUUGCACUAGCUGUUUGAACGAUGAGACUAUCAACGAUAAUCCAAAACACUGCAGAUGGUCGACAGCAUUGAAUGCUUGCAUAGCUCCAAACUAUCAUCCACUUUAUUGCGCAGGCGGAACAUGUGGAUUAGUGCUGGAUUUUGAUGAAAUUGACCAGUGCCCGGAACCAUGCCAUGCAUAUACACAGUGCUCAUCCUGUUUGAGACAUGCUCAUUGCGGUUGGUGUUCCCGAGAUGGUAAGAAUGGCGACGGUGUUUGUACGGAAGGAUCGUUGGAAAGUUUCUCUGAAUAUCCUGCCUCUUCAACUUGUGAUAUAAUUUAUGCUAGUCAAAAGAAUAUCACCGAAUUGGAUCCAACUGAAACGUUCACAUGGAAUUAUGUUCAUUGCCCGCCUGAAAAUGAGUGCGAGAAUGGGCACCACAAUUGUGAUCCGAAAUCAGAAAGAUGUGUGGACGAUGUUAAAGGUUAUCAAUGUAUAUGCGGUGACGGAUACAAGGCAAAGGGCGACGAAUGCGUGCCUAUCUGUACGCAAGGAUGUGUUCGAGGAACAUGCAUCGAACCUAACGUAUGUGAAUGCGAUUUUGGUUAUGUUGGAGCGAAUUGCAGUAUCCAGUGCCAAUGUAAUGGACACUCAAAUUGCGUUGGACCGGAUAAACUUGACGAAUGUCUUCAGUGCCACAACAACACAAUGGGAGAGCAAUGCGAUAAAUGCAAACCACUUUUUGUCGGCAAUCCUAAAAACAAUGGUCAAUGUGUACCCUGUUUACAAUAUUGCAAUGGACACAGCGAUAUCUGCGUAGCACAGGACGCGGAACCGCCAGUUAAAAAUAUGACCAGGUCCGAAUUAGAAUCUUAUCUUACAGAGGGUCCAAUGUCAGAUGCAGUUUGUUUGCGGUGCGCUAAUAAGACAGAUGGAAAUCAAUGUGAAGGAUGUAUUCUUGGUAAUUUCCGCGGUUCUGAUAAUCUUCAAGAUGCCUGCAGACCAUGCGAAUGUCAUGGUCAUGGUGAUAUUUGCGAUCCUGUUUCUGGAGAAAAAUGCAAUUGCGGAAAUAACACGGAAAGUGAUCCGACAUGUUCGGCCAGUUCUAGUAAAAAUUCUGCACAACUUUGCUGGAAGGUGCAAUGUUCAAAAUGCCGCGAAUCCUAUAUGGGAAAUCCCAUUGAUGGGCAUCAGUGCUAUAAGCAAAUUACAGUUGAGUCGAGGAUGUGUUUUGAUGCAAAGCCUAUCGAGGAAUGCAAAGUUAAGCCGCAACCAUUGCGGCCAGGACAAACAGUUUUCUUCGUCAUUCAGCCGCGGUUUAUGAACGUGGAUAUCCGUGUGAUAAUCGACGUAACCCAAGGCGAGCUCGAUGUAUUCAUGAGUCCUCAGGACGAUUCAUUCAUCGUCCACACAAACCAAUCAAAUGGCCACCAUAUGCUUCUACUGGACAACCGAUAUCGCUGGGUAACCGAAAUUGAUAACGAACUCGCUUCUGAAUCUCUACCCAUUGCACCCUAUAAACAUGAUUCAGACAAUUCGACAAUAGACAAUAACGGUGAGAAAUUAUUUUGGACUCCUCAAAUCCAUGACUGUCAAUCGCUGGGCGGGACAGGUUUCUUUGUUAAGGAUCAACGAGCCCGCGACUUAAGUACUUACAUCACUUUGAAUCAAUGCAACACACUGAUUCGCCUAUUCGGUUUAAGGAAUCGCUUAGUUUUAACGCUGCCACAAAAUGCUCAUAAUCUUAGCGCAACAAGAUUUUAUAUAGCCCUUAGGGCCAGCACCGGUUCGGAUCAUAGCUACGGAUCGAUCGUAUUCCGUCAAGAUCAAUUGCAUAUUGAUCUUUUCGUGUUCUUCUCAGUGUUCUUUUCAUGCUUUUUCCUGUUCCUAGCAAUAUGUGUUGUAGCAUGGAAAGCAAAACAAGCUGCUGAUAUUCGUCGGGCACGACGUUUGCGUGUGGUCGAAAUGCAGCAUAUGGCAAAUCGACCGUUCGCUCGCGUUCGGGUCGUAUUAACACCUGAAAAUGAGACACCCAUGCAAAUACGACGACGUGGACGUACGUCGAAAUCGUCAUCAUUAAAUUCCGGUUUAGAUAUACGACCCGUUGCUAUAGAACCAACUGUUGAUAAUGUUGCAGCCGUAGGAACUGUAUUCGUAAGUCUUCCAGGUAAAUAUAAGGCUCCCGUGACACUUGCUCUUGGUUCUUCGUUAAUAGUAUUAUCAAGGCAAUAUCCGGCUGGUGUGAGGCCGUUUCUGAGAAGACGAGGUUCACAUCAUGCUGUUCAUCCGCCCAAUAAUGUAUAGAUUGUGUUUGUAUAAUUGUUUUUUACGUUAUUAGUUUAUUUUUAAGUGUGUUUUUUUUAUAUAUAUAUAUGCUCCAAGAUUGCGGUGAAAAUAUACGACAUUGGCUUAGCUAACUAUUCUCGGAUCUCUACUGAUUUCAGUUCAACUAUUUCUCGAAAUUGAUAGGGAUACUUUCACCGUAAUUUAGCUGGUUUUCUCCCUUUAUUUAAAAUCCAUUUUUAUUUUAUUGUCCGUUUUGUUUUCUUAUAUUUAAGUUGAGAGCAAUCGUUAUGUGAGAAAUGACUCUUCCUAGAUGCAAAUUACUGCAGAUAAUGAUAUUGUAAUGUAUAAAUGUGAUUAUAACUUAAACUAAUGUAACUCUUCCGGAUUGUGGGUAUACAUAUUUUUUCUUAUGUCAAAUAGUAAUGUAUGUUUUCUUAGAGUUAGGCUUGAUCGGCUGUUCUAUAGUAUGAAAUUCGUACCAUGAGAAUUCGGCUUUGUCUGAUUUGAAACGAUGAAAUUGAUUCAAACACUGCAUUUAAGUAUUUUUAAAUGAUUUUUUAUCUUGACUUUUAGGUGUUAUGAGAUAUAUCUGCGUAUGUUAAUGUUUAAUUUUGGAAAUAUUCCACAUUUCAAGUUAAAAAAUUGAUUGCUGGGAAUUACAUUUGACUUUUUAACUAAAUUUUCAUCGUUGUAUAGAGGAUUCUCAAAAGGCAUUUAAUCUUAUCACUAAUUGUAGUACUUUGAAAGGAAUUCCUUAUUUUCUUUAUUUGUUGGUUAUUUAUGUGAAUCGGCCGAUUUUGUUGUUCCAGGUAGUAACCCCAUUUGGGUCAAUAAUGUUCGCUACUGAAGGCUUACCAUUCGCAUAUCAUUAAGUGCAAUAGUUUUGAAUUAAGAAUGAUUAAAAAUUGAAACAGGGAGAAAAUUAACAAUAACAAAGAAAAGGCUGUGCUGUUGCCAAGGAGCGAACACGCAUGUCAUCAAUCAAUAAAUCUGCUGCUUGCCUCUUUUUUUUUAUAUUUCCAAUUUCAAUGAUCGUCACAUCGAGUUCAUACUAAGUUUUUUCAGGUGUGAGGUCAAACUACCUAUUUCUUCUAUUUUAUGCGGAUUGAGGUGAGGGUUCACACCAAACUCGACUACAUUCAAGUUUGCAUGCCUACCCUAUAGUACAAAUUCAUCGUUAAAUUUGUUCAACUGUUUAUUACUUGUAGUAUUUUGGGGUCUAUUAUGAAACUGGCUUUUAUAUUUUAUAAGUUUAAUGAAGACUGAAACCUCUAAUUUUCAAUGCCUUUUUUUCUUUCUCAAAUUUCCUUUUUAAUGUUUUAUUGAAAACAAAAUGUUCGUAGUUGAAAUCUAAAGUAACAAAUGUUUCAAAUUUAAAUGUAUGAAACCAAGUAUUUUUUCUCCAAAUUUGGAACAAAAUCCCAUUCAUUCCCCAAAAUCUAUUUACUAUCUGUCACACACGCUUUGUUCGAAAGUGAUUACACUCAUUGACACAAACUUUUGUGGACGCUUCGGAACUAUGACCCUCUACGCAUAUGGUGAGUGAUAUUUUUUUACGUUGGAUUUUAAAGAAGUUUCCAUAGUCAUUUGGGUAUAAUAUAUGAAAGGUCUCUUCCUGGAACAGUAUUGAAUUUUAGUAUCAGUAGUAAAGGUGUGAGUGGUGGGUUUCUUAGAAAUUAUCGAAAUGAAAAAUUGGGAAAAAAGCAUGCCCAAUCGGGGCCUCCAAAUAUUCACUACUUCUAUAUUUGCUUUAAUAAAUAAUAUGAUAUAAUAUGAAGCACGAUACUGGCAGGUUUCGUGAAACUUCUUUUAUUAAGUAAUUUGUCUCUUUUACGUAAAUUUACUCCAAUCUAAAACCGUAUGUAGAAUGCCAGUGUCGCAUUAAAGUGAUUAACUAAACAUACUUAACGCAUAUCCACUGCGAGAUAUAAAUAAAUGAAACCGUCGUUCGCCCAAGUAUUCUUAUGUAGGAAAUCCAUAAAACCUUCAUUCCUGAAUCGAUCUAUUUGUUCCUCUGCUGCCUACGUGGAAAACACGGAACUUGGGAACCUGGGUAGGGUCUCGUUAGGUAUGUUUUCAAAGGAAACGCCUCGUCUCCAACAAUAACAUACGGUACUUUCCCAUUCAUCCCUGGUAAUAGUUUUGGUGGAGGCAAAUUUAAACUUGUUUUCUGGUAACUUUCCUCCCAGGUGUGACCUCCAAAAAAUGCCCGUCACAAUUUUUUCCAACAUCUCUACCGCUUGCUAACAAUGCAAUCGAAAAGUACUUCCUGUAGUUGAAGUGCAGAGAAUCACUGUUAGGAGUAGCUAAUAUCUCCACAUGCUUCUCAUCUAGCGCGCCUAUGCAGUUCGAAUAUUCCAUUUAAUUGCAAAUUCUUUUUCAAUCUUUUCCCACUAUUCUUCUCCCGGACUGGGCAUCUCCGAUUCUCUUAAAACUUCCCACAGUGCUUGGCAUGUUGACGAAAUGAUUGCUUGAACGCUAGUGUAACCUAGACGGAAACUAUGUUUUAUUGUUUUGUACGAAUCUCCAGUCGCUAGAAACAUUAAAGAACAUUUAUAUGAUUUUACAAAUGAAAAUAAUACUAUAGUUUUUAAAGUGGGUAUUGUAUAAAUUAUCACAUUGUAUUUGCUUUCAUCUAUUAUGUGCAAAGAAAAAUGGAAGCAUCUCUUAUAUAGCUUCCAUAGGAAUCUAAAGAAAAAAAAGGGAAGUCGAAGUGGCGAUGCUGGUGGAGUAGUAAAAAAGUGGAAAUUAGAAACCAAAUGAAUUUCUUAAUUCCUUACUAUCAGGAGAGGCUUUGCCGUUCAAAUUUGGAUUUACCCAAGGGUAGCGUUCCGGAAGGCAUCGAAGAAUUAGUUUCUGAGGUUGGCACUUCCAGCAACGGUAGCGAGCAUCCGCUAAGCUUGUUGGCUGCAGGCGAUUCGCAAGAGGAAAUGCAGGCUUCGAUAAAUCCACUUUCCACAAAAGAAAACUCAUCUGAAAAGCCUGGAAUUUUUCGCUAGUAAACAACAGGUAGCAGACGCAAAAUGAAGAUUGCGGAAGUAUUCCAUGACCUUUUGAAGAAAAGCGUGGAUGAGCGAGAAAAGCAAAAUCCUACUGCAACAUUUUUUAAGGCAAUGGCCAAAAGUGUGCAACGGUUACCACCUCGUUUACAAUUGAGGGUCAAAAAUGGCCGAUAUUCCCUUCCGGAACUUUGUACUUUAGUUUGUUAUAUGCGCAUCCACCUUAUUGAGCAAUUCGAAAUACUUUUCAUUGCAGAUAUAUAUUUCGGGAGCAACUUACCCCCUUCAUCAGUA